AUGCAUCGACAACAGCUAGUUCAUCGCCUCGAUUUAAUUUACUAUCCAAUCCUCGCUGUCGUCGGGGUUCCCGUGAACGCGGUGGCGUUGGUGAUUCUGUCGCGUGGGAGGUGUGGCCUCUCCCAAUGCAUCACGAAUUACCUGUUAGCAAUGGCUGGAGCAGAUCUCUUGGUGGUUAUCUUUGAUGUCGUUUUGUACCGGAUCAGUUAUAUCUUUUUCCGAGGUUCUUUCCUGGACGUCACGCCCGUUUGUCGUAUCAUUAUUGUGCUGCUCAAUGCGGCCACAGACUCUUCUGUUUGGCUAACAGUCACCUUCACCUUUGAUCGAUAUGUGGCUGUUUGUUGCCAAAAGCUGAAAGCGAAAUAUUGCAGCAGGCAAACGUCAGCCAAGGUCAUUGCAUCCGUGUGUGUAAUAAGCUUAUUGAAAUGCAUCCCGUGGUACUUUGUGUUUGGGCCUCGGUAUACGGUUAGCAGUGUGCCCUGGGACUGCGUUGUAAAGGAAGGUUUUUUUUCCUCCCCCGGCUGGGCAGUGUUUGCUUGGGUCCACCGGGCGUUCACCCCUUUCCUCCCAUUCGCCUUGAUUCUGAUUCUCAAUAUUCUGACGGUCAGACACGUUUUGGAGGCAAGCAGAGCUCGUCGGAGUUUCCGCAAUCACAGCGGCGGGGAGAAGGACGAUGACCCCGAGAUGAGGAACAGGCGGAAAUCCAUGGUUUUACUGUUUGCUAUAUCUGGAAGUUUCAUCCUGCUGUGGAUGUUUGAAAUUCUGUACUUCAUAUAUGUGCGGAUUACGGGUGUGUAUUAUUACAAAGGCCCCCACGACCCCGUGUUUAUCUUGCAACAAACCAGCCGCAUGUUGCAGCUUCUGAGCUGCUGUACAAACACGUGUAUUUACGCCAUAACACAGACUAAGUUCAGGGAGGAGUUGAAAAAUGCAAUACUCUACCUGGUUGUUCGAAUUAAGAAGUGA